AUGCAACUCAUUCCAAAAGAGCUUGAUAAGCUCGUUAUAUCCCAGUUGGGACUGCUAGCACAAAGAAGGCUUGCCAGAGGUGUUAAGCUGAAUCAUUCAGAGGCCUGUGCUCUCAUUGCAAGCAAUUUACAAGAGCUUAUUCGCGAUGGAAAUCACACAGUCGCCGGCCUCAUGUCCAUUGGCAAGACCAUGCUUGGUCGACGCCAUGUACAACCAUCCGUUGUUUCCACACUGACAGAAUUACAAGUCGAAGGCACUUUCAAGACUGGGACUUACCUCGUAACCGUCCAUCAUCCCAUCAGCUCCGAUGACGGCGAUCUAGAGAAGGCUCUGUAUGGAAGUUUUCUUCCUGUACCCUCGAAAGAUGCAUUCCCACUGCCGGACGAGAGCGAAUAUGAUAACAAGAAGAUGCCCGGCGCCGUUGUUCCAGCCAAGGAAGGCAAGAUUAUGUUGAAUGAAGGUCGAAAGAGGAUUCGUUUGAAGGUGACCAGCAAAGGUGAUCGGCCGAUUCAGAUUGGAUCCCAUUACCAUUUCAUCGAGACCAACCCUCAACUGGAAUUCGAUAGAAGUAAAGCAUACGGGUUCCGUCUCGAUAUCCCGGCCGGCACAUCAGUCCGUUUUGAACCUGGAGAUACCAAGACCGUCACGCUGGUCGAAAUUGCAGGAAAUAAAGUCAUCCAUGGCGGAAACAACCUUGCCUCAGGCCCGGUUGACGUAUCCCGUGCCGAGGAAAUUGUUCAAAAACUCCAACAGGCUGGGUUUUCACACGUUCCGGAACCUGCAGGCGAUUUGGCCCAUAUAGAUGUGGCAUCCAUGACUCGAGCAGAUUAUGCAGGCAUGUUUGGUCCCACUGCUGGCGAUCUCGUUCGACUAGGGACGACGGAUCUCUGGAUCAAAGUCGAAAAAGACAUGACUGUGUAUGGUGAAGAAUGCAAAUUCGGCGGAGGAAAGACACUGCGUGAAGGAAUGGGUCAAGCUUCUGACCGCAAAGACUCAGAUGUGCUCGAUACGGUUGUCACCAACGCCCUGAUUGUCGAUUGGACCGGUAUCUACAAAGCAGACAUUGGUAUCAAAAACGGAGUUAUCGUGGGAAUCGGCAAGGCUGGAAACCCAGAUGUCAUGGACGGCGUUGACUCCAACAUGAUUGUUGGCAACGGAACAGACGUCGUCGCCGGCGAACACCACAUCGUCACAGCAGGAGGCUUCGACUCACACAUUCAUCUCAUCUGCCCUCAACAAGCGUAUGAGUCCAUUGCCGCAGGCAUCACGACCUACCUGGGUGGAGGUACGGGACCUAGCACGGGCACCAAUGCCACCACCUGCACACCAGGGAAACGGCAUAUGAAGCAGAUGCUUCAAGCCGUCGACUCUCUCCCCAUCAACUACGGCAUCACGGGCAAAGGCAACGACAGCUCUCCCGUUGCUUUACGUGAGCAAUGUGAAGCCGGAGCUUGUGGACUUAAACUCCACGAAGACUGGGGAACCACUCCCGCUGCCAUCAACACCUGUCUCUCCGUCUGCGACGAGUACGAUGUCCAAUGCCAGAUCCACACCGACACUCUAAAUGAGUCCGGCUUCGUGGAAUCCUCCAUUGCAGCCUUCAAGGACCGUACGAUCCACACAUACCACACCGAAGGCGCUGGCGGCGGACACGCACCCGACAUCAUCUCGGUAGUCGAGCACGAAAACGUCCUCCCUUCCUCUACCAACCCGACGCGCCCAUACACGCGCAACACGCUGGACGAACACCUCGACAUGCUCAUGGUCUGCCACCACCUCUCGAAGAACAUCCCCGAGGACGUGGCAUUCGCAGAAUCACGAAUUCGCGCCGAGACGAUCGCGGCCGAAGACGUGCUCCACGACCUCGGCGCCAUCUCCAUGAUGUCCUCGGACUCCCAGGCCAUGGGCCGCUGCGGCGAGGUCAUUCUGCGGACUUGGAACACGGCACACAAGAACAAGGUGCAGCGGGGCACAUUGAAGGAAGACGAAGGCACCGGCGCCGAUAACUUCCGCGUCAAGCGUUAUGUGAGCAAAUAUACGAUCAACCCAGCUAUUACACAGGGCGUGGGCCAUCUCAUCGGCAGCGUCGAAGUGGGCAAAGUUGCGGACCUGGUGCUUUGGAAGCCUAGCAUGUUCGGUACGAAGCCGAGCUUGGUGGUGAAGAGUGGUAUGAUCAGUUAUGCACAAAUGGGUGACCCCAACGCCUCCAUUCCCACCGUCCAACCCGUCAUCGCGCGCCCCAUGUUCGCCCCGCUUGUCCCCAGCACAUCCAUCACCUUCGUCUCCUCUGCCUCACUCGCUUCUGGAACCAUCGCAUCCUACAAUCUCUCCAAACGCGUCGAAGCUGUCAAGAACUGCCGCGCCAUCAGCAAGAAGGACAUGAAGUUCAACGACGCUAUGCCCAAGAUGCAUGUCGAUCCCGAGCGGUAUACGGUCGAGGCGGACGGGAUGAUUUGUAAGGCGGAGCCGGCGGGGGAAGUGCCGUUGGGUCAGACGUAUUUCGUUUAUUAA